AAAUAUAUUUACGUUUGAAGCAUACCGUGUGAACUUUGAGGACGUUGAUUGAACAUUGCAAUGCAAAUUACUGUAACAUAAGUGUUUAAGUUAGACAUAGUGCCAAGAACAUGACCGAUACCGUCGCCUUUCAUGCUCAGCUAGCCUCCAUCAUUGAGGUUUUGGCGAAUGCAGCCGUUGACGAAAUCUGCAAACUUGUAGAUGACGGCCAUGCUGCUUUACGUUUGGAAAUUUCACAUAGUCAGAAGGAAAUCGAUAACCUGCGGAGGAAGCUGCUUUUGACAAAAUUCCAGAAUUCUCAACGGAGCACAGAGAAAUUCGGAGCCCUGCGACGCACAGUUCAAAGGCGCGACACCAAUCGUGUUGCCCGGGCAAGAGAGAGCUUAGUAGUGGAGAAUUGUUUUACCGACAGUGAAAGGGGCAACAUAACGCAGGAUGUCACCAACUGGAGAGAUUCAGGACGCACAGCAACAGACCAGGAUGGGAGCAUGCAGAUGGCAGAUAUGCAAGAGGCACCUCUUAUCAAAAUGGAGAACCUUGACACCAGUGCAACAGAAGAGAUUGUCAGUGAGAGCAGUGAGAAGAUUGUGGCAGAACCAGGUUCUUCAUCAUCUACUGAAACCACAGACCUUCUGGACCAGCAGGGCAACAGACACAAAGCUCCAGACACCUCACUCAAUAUAGAACCUGAAAACCAGAUGUUCCAGCAUCCAGCAUCACAAUACAGCAGAGCAAGACAGGACCAUCAGGUUGCUGAGGGUGUGACCUGGGAAACUGACCAUCAACCCAUAUCAUACAGCCUGUCUCAAUGGACAGAGAACCAAGAGACUGACAACCAAACUGUGAAUGCUCCUCACAAUGCAGGGCCAGACUCCAAGAGGCUGUCUGGACAUCCAGAGAGGAGAGGGGUGUCUGGUAACUCUGGGGUCUACAUGUCUGCUUUGGGCUCUCUGGACUGGGUGUCUGAUGUGGUGAUGGUGGACUCAGUUCCCAUUAAAGUGGAGGCAGAUAUGAGUUCAGAAUGGAGCAUAACUGGCCAAGAGGCGACAUCUGGAGAUGUCUGUUCAGACAGCAGGCAGCUUGUGGACAACAGAGGAAGAGGGGGAAUGGAAUCUGGACAGACAAAGUGUCCCCCUGACACUCAACAUGCAGAGCAAGGGAGAACUGUAGGAUCAAGGUCCAAGAUGCCAGAUUUCAAUGGACUGUCCAACCGAAACAGCUUUUCAUCCCCAAGGGUUACUCUCCACCAGGUUCCCCAAAGAGGGAAGCAAGCUCCCUUCCUGAAUUUCAACAGAGGCUCCACUUCUUCAUCGAAAGGCAUAGAAAAGCAGCCACAACAGCUAACGUCUCACUCCACCAAGAGGCAGCUCCGGUGCAGCCUCUGCGGAAAGCCCUUUCCUCAGCCGGCGCACCUGCGGAGGCACAUGCGGGUCCAUACAGGGGAGAAACCGUACGGCUGCAGCCACUGCACCAAGCGCUUCUCCCACAGCCACCAGCUGAAGAUGCAUGAGAGGGUGCACACCGGAGAGAAACCGUUUCAUUGCAUCUACUGCGGGAAAUGCUUCACCCAGUCCGGCCACAUGAAGAAGCAUAUCCUUGUCCACACUGGCGGCAGGCCACUGGACGUUGUACUGCCUUGAGUGUUCCAGGGAAAAGUUCAGACUAGAUACAGAUCUAGGAUCAGCUUCCUCUCCCCUAAUCCUAACCUUUACCACUUGUGGACAAAAAUGCUAAACUUACCCAACACGUUUCACGGACACCAACACAGUCCUGGCACUGUAAAUGGACCUGGCGACCUAGCUGGUGCAAGUAGAGAGAGUGCUGACUGGAAUGAAUCCCCAGAGGUACCAUGGUCUGGGGAAACAUCAUCUGUGGUGAUGAUGGAGUUGGUGUCGUGCAAAUUCACGCAGUCGUGGCUGAACAGGGAGCACAGCAGAGGGCUCAGGACACACCCCUGGGGGGCCCCUGUGUUAAGAGUGAGUGUGGAGGAGGUGUUGUUGCCAAUCCUCACACCUUGUGGUCUGCCCGUCAGGAAGUCCAGGAUCCAGUUGCAGAGGGUGGUGUCCAGACCCAGGGCUCUGAGCUCUGAGCUUAGUGUCAAGCUUAGAGAGAAAAAUAGUGUUUAAUGCUAAACUGUUGUCAAUAAACAGCAUUCUCACAUAAGUGUUCCUCUUGUCCAGAUGUGUUAGGGCUGUGUGAAUAGCGAUGGAAAUGGCAUCUUCCGCGGAUCUGUUGGAGCGGUAGGCAAAUUGGAGUGGGUGCCGUGUGCCUGUGAUUCAGCUCAUACCGAGACUAGAACUCAGGACCUCUGCCUCGACAACACACGUGACCGCCCUCCUGAAGGGUUACAGCUCACGCGCUAUUGAAAAAGGCCUUCUAUUGCGCAAGGACGACGCUUCGGGCUGCUGAAUAGGUUUCACAGAUCCUCAUCUGCUACAUUCACCACGUAAACUCGCUCCACAGUGCCCCCAGUGAUUGAACCAGCACAACUGUAGAGCCCAGUGGCACUGUUGUGAAGGACCUCACGCUGCUUGUGUAACAGUGUAGGUUCCGUCCCUCUCUUCGCCCCAACCUGGGCUCGAACCAGGGACCCUUGCACACAUCAACAACUGACACCCCACGAAGCAUCGUUACCCAUCCCGCCACAAAAGCCACAGCCCUUGCAACGCAAGGGGAAACCCUACUUCAAGUCUCAGAGCAAGUGACGUCACUGAUUGAAAUGCUAUUAGCGCGCACCACCGCUAACUAACUAGCCAUUUCACAUCGGUUACACUUGCUUAGCGAGUACCGCUUCCCCCGAUUCAGCUCAUAUGGAGACUCAACCUCAGGACUUCUGCCUCAAACACACGUGACCACCCACCUGGAGCAUUCCAACCACCGUGCUAUUAAAAAAUGCCUGUAAUUGUG